GCCUUUUCGAACCUCUAUAAAUAUCGGUGAUUCCCACUUCACAACCUAUCACAUUAAAAAACACACUUGAUAUCGUAUUCUUCACCUCUCUUGUCGUCUUGUCUUGCGUACCCAUUUUCAAUCCCGUUUUAUUUAGUGCCCAGCCAUGGCUCUCAAAAGGGUUUUUGAUACUACAGAGCUUACCCUGUCCAUUGGAACGUAUCUGAGCCGCAAUGAUCUUGUGGCCUGUACUCUGGUCUCCAGCGAUUGGAAUCAUAUCUUCACACCUCUUGUUUGGAAUAGUCUUAUUAUCACGACCCCAGCACAAAAUGCUGCGUUCCUUUCAAAAGCAGGGCAGCAUGGUCUUUUCAUCAAUAGCCUUUUAGUACGGUCCCUUGAAACAUGCAAUGCGGAAUCCUUGGAAGCUGCUAUGUCACUUCCCCAUUCCCUGACAAUAAGCUGGCAUAAACUAGCCAUACCCGCAUCAUUCCAAUACUCUCUGCCUCCUCCCUUCGAAACAUUCACAUACCACUCAUUAAAUCUCAAAGCUAUCUGGCUCCGUACAAAGGAAAGGCUUCAGUUUGAAAAUGAAGCAGAAACACAAGAUCUCGAGCAGGCACGGCUUCCAUAUUUACAGGCGAUCCUUCUAUCCGCCAAACAAAUGCUUGCUUGGGAAGCAAAAUUGGCAACAUUUUUUCAGCAAUUAAAUGGUCUCAGAAUGCUGGAUAUCAUGACCUUCCCCUUCGAUCAAGGUGCCUCUCUUCGAGCAGUUGUGGACUCACUGCCGAGGCUGGAAAGACUACAACUGGCAAACCAGCGUCGAAUGAAACCGGACCUAGGCGCUUUACAGUAUUUACUAUCGCAUUUAGGCAAGUGCAUCUCAUACUUCGGUUUGUCCGCUUACUUCUGCAGUAUUAGCAAUGAUGCUACAGUUAGCUCUUCACCAUCCGGGGUACCAACAUUGCCAAUGCUUCCUCGCCUCAAUGAAAUCCUUAUCGAUGGCAAGAUGCGGGGGCUGGAAGAAGACAUGUUCCUGCCACUCAUUAAGCGCUGUUCGCAACUGAAAAAGAUUUCUGUCUCCACUUCAUCAACAAGCUUUAUUUGGGGUCUUUCAAAGGCACUUAAAUCGCACUGUCCUCUCCUCGACAGCCUGAUAGUUGGACACACAGACGCUCCAAUUGAUGAUGAAGACUGUGCCAAAUGGCUUGAAGCAAGCCAAGCAUGGAAGGAGUUGUCGUUCCAAUGCGUAACAGGAUUUGGAUCUAGGACUCGGGAGGCUGUACUACAACACUCUUCUACACUGGAAUCAUUCACGGCAACACGUUGUCUAGGACAACCGCCAUAUUUUUUUAUGGAUAUUCUCCAGACCUGCCCGAACUUAAAGAAGCUUAAUCCGUUUGACUUUGACUCUAAAGGAUUUGCACCUAUAAAAGCCCGAGCUUUCGCUCAAAAACACAUUGCUGCCGCAGGAUCAAUCAAGUUUUUCCGGCUACGAAUCGAUGCUUCGAAUCAAUCCUCACUUCAGCAAGAAUCAACCGCCGCUACUCUUCAAUCUACGUUGCCUUUGCUGCCUCAGCACAGAUUUGCUGGCCCAUCAGAGACAAGUCAAAUAAACAAUGAUCAUACAGUCACACCAGGGAACCCUAAGCGGCCAUUACAUCGAGAAUUGAUAUCGAAUAUAGGGGUAAAUGGAAUUAUGGGUUUGCGAAAUCAAGCAUCAAUGACCCAUCGCAGCUGUUAUGGACGUCUUGCAACCAUGACAGACCUUGAAGAACUUUGGUUAGGUGAUCCAGACAUAGAUUACAUGAACACUGAGACUAUGCUGAUGACCAAAAUGUACGAUCAGGCACCGCUUGAUAUCGAACAGACUGUAAACUCUGGGCUUGAUUUAUCGCUUGAGAGUGGACUAGAUUUAAUGUCUGGCAUGGAUAAACUACGAAUCCUGGGUGUCCAUGGUCUUCCACAUCGGAUAGGAAUUGAGGAAUUGAGAUGGAUGGUACGAGAAUGGCCUAAGUUGAGAAGGAUCCAUGGUCUUUUCUGGAGGAGACAAUCACCAGAAAUGGUGCAAUGGAUACAGGAGAAUGCACCGUUCCUUCAACAUUCAUAGAAACAUUGACUAUAUUUAUCAG